AUGCCAUGCUACUUUGCCAUUAUAGGUGCUAAAGACAAUCCUAUAUACGAGGCAGAGUUUACAAGUCCUCAGCUCAAUCAGUUUCCGCCAGAAUUGAAAGAAUUGAACCCAUUUAUUCUCCAUGCUUCACUAGACAUUGUAGAAGACCUACAGUGGCAAACGCACCCACAGGCUGGCGGAAACACGAGUACAAGUGGCGGCUUCUUAAGAUCAAGGCAUUCCGCAAGUAACAGCAAUUGUUAUCUGGGCAAAAUCGACCACUUUUAUGGACUGGCCAUAACAGCAUACUUGUCAUAUGGAAAUAUGAAAUUCGUCAUGAUCCAUAGCAGUAACUCAAACAAUGGUGCUCCUGUGCAAAUAGAGGACGGUCCUGUAAAAAGCUUCUACCAGGAGGUACAUGAAUUAUACGUCAAGACUUUGAUGAAUCCGUUCUACAAGCUUAAUGAUCCCAUCACGAGCCCUGUCUUUGACAACAGAGUGCGGGCCUUGGCGAAGCGGUAUCUGACAAGGUGA